AUAAUUAUGCUCUGAAGUGUCAAGCGAAUAUGGUCGCUCACUCUUUAGCAAGGGCGGCAUAUUCUAGAACUAGACAAUGUAUUUUUGAGUUGAUUCCUCAUUGUAUUAACAUCUAUUUGCGGGAAGAUUAACUUUGGCAAAAAAGGUGUGUUGGAGGCGGUUCCGAUAUAUCCUAUGAUGACGGAAAAGAUUCCAAAAGCUUGCUUAGAGGACAUCCAAAGGAUUCGGCGGAAUUUCAUUUGGGGCGAUUAUGAUAAUGUGCGAAAAUUCCACACGGUUAAUUGGAGCACGGUUACUUUGCCAAAAUGGAUGGGUGGUCUGGGACUUCGAAAGCUUGAGGCAAUGAACCAAUUUUGUCUCUUGAAAUUAGGAUGGAAACGGUGAAGGUGAAUUUUGGUGUCAGGUAGUUAAAGGAAAAUAUGGAGUUAAUAAUAAUAAUAAUAAUCUUGCAACUGAUAUAGCCAUUAAGCCUUCAGAUUCUAGCUUAUGGAGAUCUUUAUUAAGGUUGAAAGACUUAUUAAUUAAUAACACAAGCUGGUGUAUAAGGAAUGGAGGUUAAGGAUGCCAAGGGUUUUAGGCAUGUAAGACCAGAAGGAUGAAGGCAUGAAUAAACAGGUAAAUCAGGGUCAGAAUGGGAGAAGAAACUUGAUUCAUUUUGGCAGAGAAGAUAGAUGCUGCAGCAGCUGACAUGUUGGAUCCAUAUGUUAGAAAAAUUAGGGAUGAAAAGUAUGGAUGGAAAUAUGGCUGCGGAGCCAAGAGUUGCACAAAGCUUUUUCAUGCGGUUGAGUUUGUUUACAAACAUCUCAAGCUAAAACACCCAGAGCUUGUGUUGGAAGUUGGAACUAUCAAAAUUGCGUGAAGAUCUUUAUUUUCAAAAUUACAUGAAUGAUCCUGAUGCUCCUGGUGGAACACCUGUCAUGCAGCAAACUCAGGACAAGCCCUUAAAGCGAAGAUUACUGGAUGGCCGAUUCAAAGAUGAUUGUGGGAAUCGGCGAGACCAGGAUAGGAGUGACAGAACAAAUGGAGAUAGGCCUGACAAUUCUCCAUCCCGUGAAAGGCAGUUGGGAAACCGUGAUGACACAAUGUUUGAUGCAUAUGGAGGGUCUGCUGUACCAACAUUCACCUCGGAUAUGCCCCCUCCCCUCCUCCUUCAGUUUUGAUGCCUGUACCUGGUGCUGGGCCUUUGGGACCGUUUGUUCCAGCUCCACCAGAAGUUGCGAUGCAGAUGUUUAGGGACCAAGGACCUUCAUUUGAUCCAUCAGGAAUGACAAUACGUUCUAGUCCUCACAUAGGUGGACAAGCCUCCAUGAUUGCUGUUCCUUCAGCCUUUAGACCUGAUCCUCGAUGGAUGCGGAGUUAUCAAGAUUUGGAUGCCCCGGAAGAAGAAGUUACUGUCAUUGACUAUCGGAGCUUGUAAGUUUCACUGGGUUGGCGCAUCGAGUAAUAUUUUUCUUUCAACGAUUUUCAGUCAGAACAGCACUCUAGUUGUAAAAUAAUGGCGGUUAGAUUUGGUUUCUGUUGUGCCAUAGAUGUUGUAACAUUUAUAGAUUUAAUGAGCAAAAUGCUAUCAGGCUGGUUAUCUUAUUUUUUU